GACACAACAGCUGUGUAUUGAAUGUCAGAAAGCAGCGCAAAGAUUAUAAUAUCUGGUCUAUCUGUGUUAUAUCUAGAAGAGGAUCUUCACCCGCUGGCCUUAUCGAAACCAGAUUCAUCAAACCCAGAUUCAAUCGAGCAACCAUGUCCUGCUUCCUCUCCUCCCUCUGCGCCCAAACCAUCGGCCGCGUCCUCCCCAUCAACGUGGACCGCCUCCCGAUAGUGGACCGACGACUCCCAGCACUCGACGGCGUGGAGCAGGACGACUCCGCCUGCUCCCCCGGAGGAUGCCUUGUCUAUGGGUACCCCUCCAACGGCGGCGUCCUCAUUAAAAACGCUGAUCUGGUUGACCUGCUUUUCCUCUCGCUCCCGCGCUUUCAGGCCGUGCAGCGCGCAUCCAGUGUCGAUGAGGAGGACAGAUUCUGUAAGCUCUUGCGCCGGACUGGGGCGACGUGGUGGCCGAGUAGGGAGGAUGAGCUUGAGGCGGCUCUAGAGGUGAGAGAGAUGACGGAGGAAGAAAAGAAAGUGCUCGUGUUUGGGUGGCCGGCGGAUGGUGUAGGCGUGUGGGUGUUGAGGUUUGCGAAUGCCGAGGAAAUGCCAAGGGACUUUAUGAGAAUCAGUUUCGCCAUGAAUAUGGAGGAGAGAAUCCAGAUUAUGAGAGAGUAUGGCGCUACCUUUGUGGAGGAUGUCUCGCGGGUCGAGGAGCUUCGUGAUACGCUUUGA